GUCACGAAUAACAAGUACGCGCGGCAAGUUCACCAGUGUGCGGCGGGCUUUAAGGGUUAAAUGUAAGCCGUUGCACUAUCUAGUGUAUUAUUAGAUCUGUGGUUUCGCACAAGUUAUGGCAAACAAACUCGCUGGGAAACUUCUAUUUCUAUUGAAGCUGGUAAACAUAUAUUUUGUCGUUGAUGCGCUUCAAUUUACAACGCAACCUGAUGAUACAUCAGCAAGGGAUGGUGCAGAUAGUGUUGUUUUAAAUUGUAAAGUUGACGACUCUUCCGUGGAAAUAUCUUGGAUGAAAAACAAUCGAUCGAUUACGGUUGACUACAUCAAAUAUACAAAAAUUAGGCGCGGUCUUAGGAUAAAGCCAGUAGAAAAAUCUGAUGCGGGUGUUUAUCAUUGUCUGGCUGGCUCGGCGCUAAGAAGUCGAGAUGCAAGAUUAACAAUUGAAUACACAUGCAAGAAUAACUUCACAAUAAAAUCAUCUGGACCGAUAUUUCGCAACGGUAAUGCUACAUUAACUUGCAAUUGUCCCUCCAUUCCAACACCGACGUACAAAUGGCAAAAAGAUUCCAAAGAUAUAAACAUUACUUAUCAAAGUAUAGUAAUCACCAGUACUGACGUUGGAAAGUAUGUCUGCAUUGUUCAAAGUGGGAAAAUUACAGUAAAAAGUCAGCCCCAUUCUCCUCCAGUGUUUGAUUGCUUACCUUCAAGAAUCAGUUUUCCACCCAAAGACAAGAUUCCAUUUGUUCCCAACAAACCGCUUACGUUGGAAUGUGUAGCAAAAGGUGACCCAAAACCUGUAGUAACGUGGAAAAGAAAGAAGAAUAAUUCUCCAUUAAAAGAUAAUCAAAGAAUUCAAGUUAAUGACAAUGGAACAGUUCGUUUUUUUCCAACCAAAAGAAGUGAUGCUGGGGAAUAUACUUGCAGUGCAUCAAAUAACUGUGACAGAUCUAUGACUUAUACAACUACGCUGACUUUAGCUGAAACCGGAAGUUUUACUCCAAUACAAGAUACUCUAAGUAGAGUAAACAUGACUAUAACCAUACGAUGUAACCCUCCAAACGGUGCAUUUCCUGUAAUUAAGAAGAUCACGUGGCAAAUGAAGGAUGGGAGUCCUUUGCCAAACGAUUCCCGUUUUACAGUAAAAGACAACACUUUAAGAAUUACUCAACCAAAGAUUAGUGACUCAAAUGUUUACCUGUGUGUUGGGGAAAAUAUUGCUGGGAAAGUAACGGUUGAGGCCAAAGUUACCGUAGCUGUUUACCCUACAGCGAUACUGAAUCCUAUCGGUCAAACGGUCAUUGAAGGUUCGACGCUGCAGUUGAAAUGCAAAUUUGGUGGUAAUCCCAAACCAGAGAUAUCGUGGGAGAAAGACAAGAAAACGUUGAAGGAAAAUUUAAGAAGGAAUGUCAUAAAUAUGAAGGAUAGUUCGUUACUAAACUUGAUUAACGUGACAAAAAAAGAAACAGGUAGUUAUCGUUGUGUGGCAAGGUUGGAGCAUAUAACUGAACGAACUUAUGAAGCAAAAGUUGUUGUUAAAGAAAAUAUUGUUUUGCAAAAGAUUGCCUCUGACAAAUUUGACGUCGGUACAACUGCUGAACUGAAUUGCAAAUUGGUUGCUGGAUAUGAACCUAUCGAUAUCCGCUGGUCAAAAGAACUAGAUGAACGUUCCUUGACACACAUGAAAGUGGAGGGUUUUAAAUUAGUAAUUGAGAACAUUAGAAUGAAGGACAGUGGAAAUUAUAUAUGUUAUGUUAAUAAUUCUUUCAGUGAAAGUUCGUUAACAUUUCACGUGAACGUUUACGAGUACACAAAGAUUGUGCUGAAACCGAGCAAUGUUACUGUCGCAAAAGGAGAAAAUGCGUGGUUACAUUGUAACGCGACUGGAAUACCGAAGCCCAUUAUCAUGUGGCGAAAAGACAACAUGAAAGAUGAAAUUAAAAGUGUAAAGGGUACUCGUGUAUAUCCCAAUGGUACCUUAAUGCUGAGCAAUAUUUCGCAGAAAGACAAAGGAUGGUACACAUGUAUGGCAGGAAAUCCUGGUGUUAUUAUUACGGAAAGGGCGUAUGUUGACAUUGUUUACUCUAAAGCGAUAAUGAAUCCUAUCGGUCAAACAGUCAUUGAAGAUACGACGCUGCAGUUGAAUGAAAGUAAUAAAAACGACACUGUAGUGAAUGAAAGUAAUAAAAAUGAGGGACAUUCAGACAAUAUGGGUAAGAUUGUAGGAAGGAUUGUAGGAAUUGCUGUUGGAUGUGUUGCUGCUACUGCUGCUGCAAAUAUUAUUUUCCUUGUUGGUCUUAUAAUAUAUUGUAAAGGACGCAGAGCUAGACUGGCGAAGAAAAAGUUGCUUAUAAACGGCGAAGAUGUUCCUUUAAAACCAACGGACAAUGCUGAGAAUGGAGAGUCAGCUAAAGCAGCAGAGCUCAACAAUGCAAAAGAGUAUUAAAUAUUGUGUUUCCCAAAUGUUUAAAAUUCAUAUUAACUUGAAGAACAUUCACAAGUUGUUUAUAUGUUUUAAAUAAUUAUUAAUUAACUUAUAUGUUAACUUGUAUAUAUUUAAAAAAUUUAAACGUCAUUGGAAACUAAAUCAAAAAUUACAUUUUGAAGAUUUUACCACCUUCAUAAUAGUAAAUUUAUGCAUCCACGAAA